GCGCAGUCAGGCUGCCGAGGAGGUUACCUCACUGGGGAAGGGCUAUCACUAGCCCAGCCUAUUCGUGACAUCAGCUACACACAGAUCCACUGCGAGGUGCUGCUUUAACUUCAGACUUUGAGGUGGGCUGUAUGGACUAACUGGAAUGUUUUCCCUUCCCGCACUACUGAGAGUAAAAGGAAUGACUUUGCCUGGUACAAGCUCUCAUUAGCUGGCUGCCUUUUUUGUACAUUUCUUCUGCACAAUAAGGACUGUAAUACAUUUCUAGUGGAAUUACUUCUGUAUCUGUACUAAAUCAGGAUUUUACCCUCUGCUGCUAAUAUUCCAGGAAAUUAACAAAGGAUAUCCUAUGAGGAGCAAAUCUGCAAGGAAACUGUAAUCAUUUUCCUGACAAACACUAAUACAAGACAAAGGAAAACACUCAACUCUUAUCUUCUUCUGCAUGUGUUUUGGGAAGUUGUAAGACUGACUGUUUAAAGGGAUGAAAUUUGCUUCAGAGGUGUGAACAUAUCUAGGAGGGCUUGUGGCUGUUGUAUUGACUCUCCAUGGUUAUUUUUGCCCAGGAGAGCAAAUAAACAAAGAAGACACAUUUUCUCAAUUGAAAUAUAAUUCAUUUCUUUAUGGUACAACAUUAUGAGUAACACUCAUGGUGCAGAGCUAAGUUUACUGGGUAAACUCAAGUUACAUAGGAUAAAUUGCAAGAAUUACAGAGGCGUUUUUUGGAAAGAAAAUUAAGCCUAGCCAAGGAAGAAUACAAGAGCAUAUUACAUUUGGGGGAUAAAAAUAAAUAUACCAUCUUUGUCCUAUGUCACCACAGGAAACUGAAGCUCUCCAAAAGCAUCACCUAGCAGAUCCAUCGUUUACAAUAAAGCUUUGUUGUGAUGCAGAAAAAAGGUUGUGAAAUUUGGCACUACAUGUUAGGAUUAUUUGAAUAAACAUUAACAAGGGACUGCUACAUGAGAUAGCCGAGACUUCCCUAUCUCUGGAAACACAAAACAUUGACAAUAGCUUGCAUGCUGUUUAGCCCACAGGAUAUUUCAAGAAGACAUCAGCUAACACCUUCAAAGCAGGCUAAAACACAACCAGAAGACAAAUAGCAGCUUCAUAGCUACUAGUGACCAUGACUGCUGAUACAUGGAACUUAUUUGUUAUUUGGACUCAGUUGUUCUUACUGCUUAAAAUGACACCAGAAUAUGUUAGUGGGGUUAAACCAUGCCCUUCAGUUUGUCGAUGUGAUGCUGGCUUUAUUUAUUGCAAUGAUCGGGACUUAACAUCAAUUCCUUACGGAAUUCCAGAGGAUGCUACAACUCUCUACCUUCAAAAUAAUCAAAUCAACAAUGCUGGGAUACCGUCAGACUUAAGAGGCCUGGACAAAGUUGAGAGAAUAUACUUGUAUCGCAACAGUUUAGACGAAUUUCCAAUUAACCUUCCAAAGCAUGUUAAAGAACUACAUUUGCAGGAAAACAAUAUACGGACUAUUACCUAUGAUGCACUUUCACAGAUUCCUUCCAUAGAAGAACUUCAUCUAGAUGAUAAUUCUGUGUCUGCAGUUAGCAUUGAGGAUGGAGCAUUUCGAGACAAUAUUUAUCUUCGGCUUCUCUUCCUAUCAAGAAAUCACUUAAGCACAAUACCCUGGGGUCUGCCUCGAACAAUUGAAGAGUUACGUUUGGAUGAUAAUCGUAUUUCCACUAUUGCAGAGGUCUCUUUACAAGAUCUCACAAACCUAAAGCGACUGGUUCUUGAUGGAAAUCUUUUAAACAAUAAUGGCCUUGGGGAGAGAGUAUUUAUGAACUUGAUUAACCUGACAGAACUUUCAUUGGUACGUAAUUCACUCACAUCUCCUCCUGCAAAUCUGCCAGGUACAAACCUGAGAAAGCUUUACCUUCAAGAGAACCACAUGAACUAUGUACCACCUAAUGCAUUUGCUGACCUUACACAACUAUACCGACUUGAUAUGUCUACUAACAACCUCACAUCUUUACCUCAGGGUAUCUUUGAUGAUCUGGAUAAUUUAACACAAUUAUUCAUGCGUAACAACCCUUGGUAUUGUGGGUGCAAAAUGAAAUGGGUUCGUGACUGGCUCCAGUCUUUGCCUUCCAAAGUUAAUGUUCGUGGGCUUAUGUGCCAGGCACCAGAAAGGGUAAGAGGGAUGACCAUCAAAGACCUCAAUACCGAAUUAUUUGAUUGUAGAGACAGAUCUGAUGUAAAUACUAUCCAAGUUACAACAACAACAAUGUUGAAUACUUUGCUUCCAGCACAAGGACAAUGGCCAGUGCCUGUGACAAAGCAGCCAGAGAUAAAGCCUCCUGAUCUCAGCAAAGUUUAUCGGACCACUCCAAUUCCUGUACGAAAAAUCAUUACAAUUAAUGUGAAAUCUACCACAGUAGACACUAUCCAUAUCUAUUGGAAACUUGCACUACCAAUGACUGCAUUGAGACUGAGUUGGCUAAAAAUGGGUCACAGUCCUGUUUUUGGAUCUAUAACAGAAACAAUUGUGACAGGCGAUAGGACUGAAUAUUUGCUUACAGCUCUUGAACCUGAGUCACCAUACCGAAUAUGUAUGGUUCCCAUGGAAACCAGUAACAUCUACCUAUCUGAUGAAACACCAGUUUGCAUUGAAACAGAGACAUCACCACUUAAAAUGCAUAACCCAACCACAACGCUUAACCGAGAGCAAGAGAAGGAGCCUUACAAGAACUCAAGUUUGCCAUUAGCAGCCAUCAUUGGUGGUGCGGUGGCGCUAGUGGCUGUUACACUCCUUGCCUUGGUUUGCUGGUAUGUACAUAGAAAUGGGUCCCUGUUUUCACGGAACUGCGCCUAUAGCAAGGGUCGAAGAAGAAAAGAUGACUAUGCAGAAGCUGGUACUAAGAAGGAUAACUCCAUUUUAGAAAUUCGAGAGACUUCUUUUCAGAUGAUACCAAUAAAUAGUGAUCCUAUUUCAAAGGAGGAAUUUAUAAUACACACUAUAUUUCCACCUAAUGGAGUGACUUUGUAUAAAACCAGCCACAGUGAAAGCAGUAGUAACAGAAGCUAUAGAGACAGUGGUAUACCAGACUCUGAUCAUUCACAUUCAUGAUGCUGAAUGGUAAAAUACUUUUUAUAGGAACUAAACUAAGUGACUGGAAUUCACUGUUCUACUGCGAAAACACUGGAAACAGAAGACUGAAGGAGCAAUGUACUGUACAUUUGCCAUAUAAUUUAUAUUUAAGAACUUUUUAUUAAAAGUUUAAAAUUUCAGGUUGCUGCUACAAUUAAAUGUAGUGUGAGACCUGACCACAAUCCUCUAUUUUAGUAUUUUUUGUAAUUUGUACUGUAUUUUCCUUGCUAAUAUUGAGGUUACAGACCAUUUAACUUUUUUUUGUGUUCUACUGAGUAAAAUAACUUGUUGACUGUGAAAGUGAAUUUCUUUGCUGUGUUGAACAAUCAGGACUUUAUUUUUAUUACAUUCAGACCAUUAUAGUAUAAAAGCACAGGACAUUUUUUUUAUAUAUAUAUAUAUUUGGGUUUUAAACACUUAAAAUACUGUGUAGCUACAAAAUAAAACAAAUAAAUAAAGAGAACUUGCAGUAUUGUUGGAUCUGCACACAAAACUGUUCAUGCCUUCUCAAAUAAAAUGUGUGCAGUAAUGGGCAUUAUCAGUUGUCUUAAUAUAACUAAAUAUUUAGACACAACAUAAAUAUUAAUCUAGACAAAUAGUAAAUUGCCACAACUAUAGUUUUGUAUCAGUGCUAAAAAGGAAAAAAAGAAGUCUAAAUUAAUGUCACAUUAAAAGACAUGUAAAUAGAUUUUUAACAGCUUUAAAAAAAAUCCCCUUUUCUAAUUAUUUCAUUCAGAACAAAGACCAAUAUAUUAAGCAUUAUUUUAAGAGCCAUCAGUGAAUUAUUCUUUUUUUUAUUUUAUAAAUCACAUGAAAAAUUGAAUGUUACCAAGUAAGAAAAUAAAAAUUGUGUUUUGAGCAAUAAAGAUUCUUCACAUAUAAACAGUAUAUAACUAUACUUUAAGAGAAUAAAUAUAAACGUAAUAAAUACAUUUUAUACAAUAAAGUUGUUAAGAUAACAAUGUUAUGCAGAGAUUCUGUAUAGUGCCCAUUACUGGAGCAUUUUAUUAAUCUGCUAAAACCAUUUACCAUUUUUUUUUUUUUUGCUUCCCGUUGACUAUAACCUAUUUAAUAUUUUUUUUAAAAAACAAUUCUUUUGCCAUACUGUUUAUGUUCCUUUUUUAAAUAAAAACCAAAGUGCAUUGUAUGCCCUUUGGCCGGUCUUGUAUGUGCCUUGAUACAAUGCUUCAUGUAUUCAGCUUUCAUUCUGUGACAAUUUUUUCAUACUUGCCAGAUUAUGAAAAAUAUUGAUUUUUUUAUGCUGAAUAAAAUAGAAAAAAAAUA